CCUGCAGCUGAUUUCAUGGAGCAACAGAAUAAAGUGCCUGACAUUCCUGCUGCCGUUUGUCACCGUCCUGCGGCUGCAGUGGGUGGGGGUGUGACCAGAACCCCUCCCCACCCACUGCAGCAGCAUAAAGGCGGCUCGGCCCGAGCGCCGCUGCAUUCUCCUCUCCUCCACCCAGAGCAGCAGAACUCCUCCAGCAUGGCCUCCUUCUUCUCCACCCGAUCCUCCUCCUACUCCAGCGGGGGCCGCCUGGGCUCCAUGAGGAGCGGCAGCGUCUACGGCGGCGCCGGCGGCUCCGGGGUCCGGAUCUCCAGCAGCACCGCGUCCAGAAACUUCUCCUCUGGUGGAGGUGCAGGUUUCGCUGCAGGUGGAGGCGGCGCAGGCUUCGCCUCCGGUGGAGGUGCGGGCUUCGCUGCAGGCGGGGGCUUCAACCUGUCCGACGCCCUGGACAUCUCCGACAACAAGAAGGCGGCCAUGCAGAACCUGAACGACCGGCUGGCCUCCUACCUGGAGAAGGUCCGCAGCCUGGAGGCGGCCAACGCCGACCUGGAGAAGAAGAUCCGGGAGUUCCUGGACAAGAAGACCCAACCUGCGAGCCAGGACUACUCCAGGUUCUACACCAUCAUCAGCGACCUGCAGAACCAGAUCAUCGAUGCCACCCGGGUGAACGGCUCUCUGCACCUUUCCAUCGACAACGCCAAGCUGGCCACCGAUGACUUCAGGAUUAAGUACGAGAACGAGCUGGCCAUGCGGCAGUCGGUGGAGGCCGACAUCGCCGGGCUGAAGAGGCUCCUGGACGAGCUGACGCUGGCCAGGUCCGACCUGGAGAUGCAGAUCGAGUCUCUGAGGGAGGAGCUGAUCUACCUGAAGAAGAACCACGAGGAGGAUCUGCUGAGCAUGAGGUCACAGGUGGGCGGGCAGGUCAACGUGGAGGUGGAAGCCGCGCAGCAGCCGGAUCUGACCGCCAUGAUGGCCGAAAUCAGAGAACACUACGAGGGCGUCGCCAGCAAGAACCGCAAAGACCUGGACAACUGGUUCCAGGCCAAGUCUGAGGAGCUUCAGAAAGAAACCGCUGUCAGCACAGAAACGCUCCAAACGUCUCGCUCUGAGAUCUCAGACGUCAAACGGACGCUGCAAAAUCUGGAGAUCGAGCUCCAGUCGCAACUCAGCAUGAAAGCAUCUCUGGAGGCAACGCUGGCGGAAACACAGAGCAGGUACAGCAGCAUGCUGGGCGGCUACCAGAUGCAGGUGACGCGCCUGGAGGAGCAGCUGAUGCAGCUGAAGGCCGACCUGGAGCGGCAGAGACAGGAGUACCAGAUGCUGCUGGACAUGAAGACCCGACUGGAGAUGGAGAUCGCAGAAUACCGCCGCCUGCUGGACGGAGAGGGAGGUGGCAGCGCCUCCAGCAUGGAGGACAGCCUGGUGGGCAACGAGAAGUUCACCAUGCAGAACCUGAAUGACCGGCUGGCCUCCUACCUGGAGAAGGUCCGCAAGCUGGAGGCGGCCAACGCCGAGCUGGAGCAGAAGAUCCGCGGCUUCGUGGACAGCAAGGUGGGGCCCUCCACCCGGGACAACAGCGGCUUCUUCACCUCCAUCACCGAGAUCACAGAGAAGAUCCAGGAGGCCCUCCGAGUGAACGGAGCCGUCCACCUGAGCCUGGACAACGCCCGCCUGGCCGCAGACGACUUAAGGACCAAGUACGAGAACGAGCUGGCCAUGCGGCAGUCGGUGGAGGCCGACAUCGCCGGGCUGCGGCGGCUCCUGGACGAGCUGACGCUGUCCAAGUCGGACCUGGAGAUGCAGAUUGAGGGACUGAGGGAGGAGCUGAUCUACCUGAAGAAGAACCACGAGGAGGAGCUGGUGUCCACGCGCUCCCAGAUGAGCGGCCAGGUCCACGUGGAGGUGGACGCCGCGCCGGCUCAGGACCUCACCAAGGUGAUGGAGGAGAUCCGGGAGCAUUACGAGUCGGUCGCCGCCAAGAACCAGAGAGACCUGGAGGCCUGGUUCCAGACCAAGACAGAGACUCUGAACAAGGAGGUGGUCUCUCAGUCGGUGACGCUGCAGGAGUCCAGGGGCGAAGUGACAGAGGUCAAAAGGUCGCUACAGUCUCUGGAGAUCGAGCUGCAGACAAUGCUGGGCAUGAAAGCGUCUCUGGAGGCGACCAUGGCUGAGACCCAGAGCCGAUACUCGCUGCAGCUGUCCGGCUACCAGAUGCAGGUAUCGUCCCUGGAGGAGCAGCUGGUUCAGCUGAGGGCCGACAUGGAGCGGCAGGGUCAGGAGUACCAGAUGCUGCUGGACCUGAAGACCCGGCUGGAGAUGGAGAUCGCAGAAUACCGCCGCCUGCUGGACGGAGAGGGAGGCGGCAGCUCCUCCUCCUCCACGCGGCGCGUGGUGACCAUGGUGGAGGAGACCGUGGACGGGAAGCUGGUUUCCUCCUCAUCUUCAUCCACCUCUUCCUCAGUGACUCACUGAAGCAGCCAAUCAGCUUCCUUCCUGAUCACUCACCUGAGAAUAAACCAGAGUCCGCCUCAG